AUUUGUCCUGACACCGUCUAAACUAAACCGCUAAGGACGGUGCAGAUAAAAACACAGACUAAAAGGUCAAGAAAUUCAGAUUUUUGCCACUCUAAAGAACGGGCUAUUCAGAUUUGCUAUCCUAAAUAUUAGUUUCACAUAUUUCCCAUUUUAGAGCGGGCUGUACAGAUUUGCUACCAUAAAUAUUGGCUUCACACAUUUGCCACUCGCAACAUUCCCUAUUUGAUUUCCUUACCGUUAUGCAUUUUUAAUCAAUUUUAUUUUCUUUUAUUAUCUCAGGCCAUGUGAGAAGACCGUUUUGCCCCUCUGGAUCGAAGUAAGGCUGCGUGGGUCGAACGAUUCGGGCCACCUCACCUCCAAACCCCCAACAACAUGUUAACCACAAGGACCCCCGUCUCGCUCCAGCACCGCAUCCUCGCCGGCGGUCAGAGGAGGCGAUGCAUCGGAGGCUACGAAAGGAAGCGCAUCCGAGCACAGCGUCGCCACUUCACGCGGGCGCUCGAGAGCCUCUGGAGGCACAGUCCCCACCCUCCGCCGCCUCCCGCCGCCGCCCGCAGAGAGGCCAACCCCAAGUGGCAGCCGCCACCCCACGAGAACGCUGCCUUCGAGGAGUACUAUAAGGUGCAGCGAAUUGUUGGCAAGGAGGAGUGGGAUGCCUUCAUGAGUGUGCUCCGGAAACCAUUACCAGCGACUUUUAGGAUCAACGCCAGCUGCCCGUUUUUUAAAGAUAUUUGCUCAAAGUUAGAAAAUGACUUCAGGAGAUCUUUGGAGAGUGAGGUUAGUAAUGAGUACGGAGAAGAUGCUAUCAGGCCCUUGCCUUGGUAUCCAGGCAAUCUUGCAUGGCAUUUGAACUUCUCUCGAAAGGAACUGAGGAAAAAUCAGGCACUCGAGAGUUUUCAUGAGUUUUUAAAGCAUGAGAGUGAGGUUGGUAAUAUAACAAGGCAAGAGGCUGUAAGCAUGGUACCGCCAUUGUUUCUGAAUGUACAACCUGAUCACCAUAUCCUUGAUAUGUGUGCUGCUCCAGGCUCUAAAACUUUCCAGUUACUUGAGAUGAUUCACCAAUCAAAAGAACCAGGGCUACUUCCAGGAGCAUUGGUGAUAGCUAAUGAUGUCAAUGCGCAAAGAUGCGACAUCCUUAUCCAUAACACAAAGAGAAUGUGCACCGCCAACCUAAUGGUUACAAACCAUGAAGCACAAAACUUCCCUGGUUGUUCGCAUGCAAAGCAUCAUUCAGAAGCUUAUAAGGAUACCAGCAAACCACAAAGGUUAGAAUUCGACAGUGUACUUUGUGAUGUUCCCUGCAGUGGUGAUGGAACAAUUCGCAAAGGUCAUGAUAUGUGGAGAAAGUGGAACUCAGGAAUGGGGAAUGAACUUCAUCGUUUGCAAGUAGAUAUUGCUAUGCGUGGUAUUGAGUUACUUAAAGUGGGAGGUAGAAUGGUCUAUUCAACCUGUUCAAUGAAUCCUGUUGAAAAUGAAGCUGUUGUGGCUGAGCUCCUUCGGAGAAGUGGAGACUCUGUUGAACUUCUUGAUGUUUGUAACGAGCUACCUGAAUUGGUUCGUCGUCCGGGGCUUACCUCUUGGAAGGUACAAGAUAGAGGAUCUUGGUUUCAGGCUCAUGAAUAUGUCCCUCACAGUAGGAAGAAUGUAAUAUUACCGAGCAUGUUCCCUUCAAGUAAAAGCACCCAGGAAAGCAAUGCCGCGUUUCACAAUGUUGAAGUCAAUCUAAAUAAUAAUGGCGGCCUCUCGAGAAAUUACAACAUUGAAGAAAUAAGCAAAGUUAAUCCUGAUAUGGAUGGAGUUUCUGUUGCUUCCGCAGGCACUAUGUAUGCAAAUUUUCCACUACAUCGGUGCAUGAGAAUUGUUCCUCAUGACCAAAAUAGCGGAGCAUUUUUCAUUGCAGUUUUUCAUAAACUGUUCCCCUUGAACGACAACCAGAUUAUAGAGGCAACAAAACUUCAGCACGCAAUUGCAAGAGACGGGAUUGUGCAACUUCAGAAAGAACUUGACCCAGAAAUAAGACCAUCUGAAAAUAUUUUGGUACAUCAGCAGCGCAUUGUUGCUGAAGUUCCGGAUGAUGCUGAACUGCUAGAAAGUGUUCAAGGAGAAUCUAGAGAUAGAAUGAAGAAGUCGCAAAACCAAAGCAGGUGGAAAGGGGUUGAUCCUGUGUUAUUUUUUGAAGAUGAAAUGGUGAUUAAAAGUAUAAUAUCAUUCUUCGGUAUCAAGGAAUCAUUUCCGCUCAAAGGUCAUCUGGUGACUAGAAGUGUUCAUACUAAUAAUGCAAGGAGAAUAUACUACAUAUCAAAAUCAGUUCAAGAAAUUUUGCAACUGAACUUAGAAGUUGGUGAGCAGCUUAAGAUUUCUUCUCUUGGUCUAAAGAUGUUUGAAACACAUAGAUCAAAGGAUGGCUGUUCAUGUGCAUAUAGGUUGUCUUAUGAGGGAUUGCCGUUUCUUCUUCCAUACAUCACCAAGCGGAUACUAUAUGCAUCUCCAGUUGACUUCCAUCGCCUUUUACAAUACAGAACCAUCAACUUUGCUCAUUUUGUCAAUGCCAAACUUGGGGAGAAAGCUGCAUUUCUGACACCUGGUUGCUGUGUUUUAGUGCUGCAUGAUGAAGGGUAUACGAAUGAAGAUUCCAUUUCUGUGGAUCCCUCCACGAUUGCCAUUGUUUGCUGGAGAGGGAAAGGAACUAUGAAUGUUAUGGUUUCUCCGCCAGAUAUGAAGGAGCUGCUUGAAAGGAUUGAAUAUCGUUUUGGGCUUAAAGCCGAUAUAGAGGAAGAUGAGAAGUCCUAUCACAAGAUCUAAUGGAUUAGACCAGGAGCUUUCUCACCAUAAGGAGGCCGAGUAAAUAGAGCUCACGUAGUACGUCAGUAUGUUGUUGCUGGAUGUUGUAGGGUUUUUUAGGCCACCCGAAUAACAUCCAUUGAUUUUCAUUGUGUAGAGUUCUGCGCUAUUCUUGCAUGUAAGCAAGUCAUUUCAGGUACAAGCAGCAAAACUACUGACUACCUUUUGAUA